AAGGGAAGUGAACGCUUGAAAGCUCUAAUCCAAAUAACUGAAGAAAAGAGUGAAAAAUUAACCCUUGAGAAGAACCUUGCUGAAGAUCGAAUGAACAAACUUAGAAGAGAAAACUCAGAAUUAAAGGGGAAAUUAGAGGAAUCUCACAUGAUACUGGCUGAGAAAAACAGGGACCUUACAAAGAAAAACAUCCUGCUGGAAAAGCUGAAGGACACUCACUAUGAAAGUCACAAAAUGAUCGAGGGCCUGCAGUCAGAGUUGACGACACUACACGAGCACUCACAGCAAGCACUCUUCAGGUUAAAUAAAUACCACAUCAGCUCUGGUGGUCCACAGAGGACAGGUGUGACAAACCAUCAGUCUCUUCACCGUGAGAUUCUGGAUGCUCAACCGUCCCAGAAUGUGGCCAUGGAGUCGAUUUGCGGUUCUGUCAGCCAGAUCUUACCCACCGUCCCCCAGAGAGGAGACAUUCAAAACCUCCGAAAGAUCAAGCCUGUAGAGUUGUCCCAUAUCCUGCACGCACAACUCUCGGAGACUGACAAAGUUGGCAACAGUGCGAGUGAGAAGUUACAGAGACUCUCUCUGCAGGACCAACAACAGCAUGGAAGUUCUAGGCAUCAGCUGGUGACACUUCUAAAAGAGCUGGAGCUUCUUGAAGCUCCGCUGGCAGCGCGAGGACAGCACAAGACCAAGCGUCAGACACAGGAGGCUCACAUAGCGGCUGCCAUCACCUGGUGGAGGGGUCAGACUGCCCGAGAUCCACAAGAGGCUGUGGCACACGCGCAGAAACAGAUCCAAGGCCUGGCGGUCGAUCGCACGAAAGCCCAGGUGGAAGAGACUAAGCGUGGCGUGAGGGAGCUUCUCAAAGACCAGGGAACCAGCACACAGGAAGACUCUCAGAUUCAGUUCAGAGAUGUGGCUGUGAUCACCGAUUCAUCAGUAGAAGAAGACCUGCUGAAGUCCCUGAGGAAAGUGGAGGAGCUUAUGGGCAGCGAGAAGAGGAUGAAGGAGAGGAUAGAGGCCAUCAGCAUGAGGGUGGAGAGAGCUGAAACCACUGAGAGGCAACUCAAUGCCCUGGAGGACACGACCUCUGCCAACACACAGGUGUGCCAACACACUGCCAGGGAAAAGUUUAGACUAAUUAAGAUUUUUUUAUAUUUUUGA